AUGGCUCCCAAGACAUCCAGCUCGAGCGGUAAGAAGAAGGCUAGCUCUGGUACUCCAGAGGAAUCGAAAAUGCCAAAAUUCAAGCUUCCGACGACUUUUAUAGCGAGACCUACGUUUAAAAACGAUGAACGUUCUAUUUGCAAUGUGUACAUGUGCAAGGAGGUGUUGAAGGCUCUUGAGAUUGAAGCAGGAGGUCUCUGCAUAGUUGGAAAGCUGAGUGAAAAUGGUGUGGUGGGUGUAGCUCAGCCAGGAGAUGAUUCUCAGCCUUGCAACGUGAUACAGCUGUCAGGGCCGCUCAGAUCGGUAGGAAACGUCUUACUGGGAGAUCGUUUGGAAGUGAGGAAGGCCACAUUUCAACCGGAAUAUGCCUCUAGUGUCACCUUAGGAUCAAGACAGAACAUGCAACUUCCGGAAUCUGCUGAAAAGCACAUCUCGAAGCUGUUGGAUGAAUGCGGACUUAUAAUGCCGGGAAUGGUGAUUCUGGGACGAGAAGUGAGUGAAAACCUAAAUCUCGACCUCGUUGUCACUGCUGUCAACGAUGAGGUUGCCGAGGAGCUACCCAACAUUGCAAAAUUGGACAUAAGCGGCUCAAACAUCGAGCAAAACCAAGUUUUCUACUUAUCACCGCCUGCGAUUUUCCGUAAGGGCCAUACCAAGAUCAUUCUUGGCGCAGAUAUCGCUCCUUCGAUAAAAUAUGGUCUUCCUCAGCCUAUUAGCUAUGGGAGCGUUGGAGGAUUAAAGAGAGAAGUAGACCUGCUCAAAAGAACCAUUGAACUUCCGCUUAACGAGCCAACACUUUUUGCUGAAUUUGGGGUAACUCCGCCACGGGGGAUUCUACUUCACGGUCCACCAGGAACCGGUAAAACUAUGUUGUUGAGAUGCGUUGCUAGUGAGGCUAAUGCACAUAUACUCACGAUAAAUGGGCCAUCGAUCGUCUCCAAAUAUUUAGGGGAAACUGAAGCUGCUUUACGGGAUAUUUUCAAUGAAGCGAAACUGUACCAGCCAUCGAUCAUUUUCAUUGACGAAAUCGAUUCGUUGGCCCCGAGCAGGUCCAGCGAUGAUUCGGGUGAGGUGGAAAGCAGAGUUGUUGCUACAUUACUUACUUUGAUGGAUGGUAUGGGCAGUUCUGGCCGUGUUGUGGUUGUAGCCGCUACAAAUAGGCCUAAUGCGGUGGACUCGGCUCUGAGGAGACCCGGGAGACUGGAUCAGGAGGUAGAGAUUGCAAUUCCAGAUGUUGAUGCCAGACACGACAUUCUAGCUAAGCAGUUUGAGAAAGUUUCGGUGAAGCGUCAUGAACUAACAGCUGACGAUGUUGAAUAUAUUGCAUCCCGCACACACGGUUAUGUUGGUGCAGACCUGGUAGCGCUGUGUCGUGAGUCCGUGAUGAAAACUGUGCAGAGGGGCAUGAUUCAAGGUUUGGCUAGAGAAAGCUUAAAAAUAACACUCAAAGAUGUUGAAGAUGCCAUGGCUGAAAUUCGUCCCAGCGCCAUGAGAGAAAUUUUUUUGGAGAUGCCCAAAGUUUUUUGGUCAGAUAUCGGUGGUCAAGAAGACCUCAAAGUGAAAUUGAGGGAGAUGAUUCAAUUACCGCUAGAGGCUUCGGGGUCAUUUGAGCGACUCGGCGUGUCGGCUCCAAAAGGUGUGCUACUAUAUGGACCACCGGGCUGUUCCAAGACUUUGACUGCCAAGGCCUUAGCUACGGAAUCCGGGGUCAAUUUUUUGGCGGUAAAAGGACCUGAGAUCUUUAACAAAUACGUCGGUGAGUCCGAGAGAGCGAUUAGAGAAGUAUUUCGAAAGGCCAGAGCAGCCUCUCCCAGCAUUAUAUUUUUCGAUGAGAUUGAUGCUUUAUCACCAGACCGGGACUCUGGUGGCUCUACCUCUGCUGCUAACCAUGUGCUUACGUCGUUAUUGAACGAGAUCGAUGGUGUCGAGGAACUGAAUGGUGUGGUAAUUGUGGCUGCAACAAAUAGACCUGACGAGAUUGACCAAGCUCUCUUGAGACCCGGAAGACUGGACCGUCAUAUUUACGUGGGUCCGCCGGAUUAUGAUGCCAGAAUCCAGAUUUUGAAGAAAAACACGAAAAAUUUCCAGCUUGAAAACGCUGAAGAGCUUCUUACCGAAUUGGCAGGGAAAACUGAUGGGUGCUCAGGUGCAGAGGUUGUUCUUUUAUGUCAGGAAGCUGGGCUUGCAGCAAUUAUGGAAAAUCUGGAAGCCGAGCGAGUAGAGAGACGACACUUUGAAAAGGCCCUGAGCGGAAUUGCACGAGGGAUUGACGACGAAAUGCUAGAAUAUUACCGUAAUUUCCAGAAUCGUAGUGGCAUUUCAGCUUAA